UGAUACGUCUCAAUCGACCGGUGUUUGUGAGACAGCAAUGUGAACCAACUGAGUUGUAUUUGGAUGAUUUGGCUGGUUGUUUGACCACUGCGGACGCCGGGCUUCGUGCAGAUUUGGACGGUGCACCGAUGCAUCGGCUUCCGGUUGUUUUUGGUGCAUUGGCGGAAACAACAAUGAAAAAACCAAUUGCCGAUUUGGUUCGUGUCAAAGCCGGAGGUCCGGGCGAGUUACUCAGUUUGCCUCAAUCAUUUGGCUCCACUUAUUUGGGUGAAACAUUUUCAGCACACAUGAAUUUGCACAACGAGAGCGAUCAGAUAUGCUACAAUGUUGAACUAAAGGUAAGUAUCUCUUUCUGA